GUGGGUGCAGUAAGCGAGCCUUUUCCAAACUCAAGACUCUGCUGCUGAGAAGUGUGAGGCGGUCACUGCUACAGUAAUCAUGGCACCAGCGGGAGAAAAGAAGAACAUUUUGAAGCGCCUGGAUGCAGGAGAGGUCGUUAUUGGGGACGGAGGCUUUGUCUUCGCGCUCGAGAAGAGAGGUUAUGUAAAAGCCGGGCCGUGGACACCUGAAGCUGCUGCCGAGCACCCCGAAGCGGUGCGGCAGCUGCACAGAGAGUUCCUGAGAGCUGGUUCCAAUGUCAUGCAGACGUUCACUUUCUACGCAAGCGAUGACAAACUAGAGAACAGGGGCCAGACUCUGAGCUUCACCGGACGCCAAAUAAACGAAGCAGCUUGUGACCUGGCCAGAGAGGUGGCCAAUGAGGGUGACGCUCUGGUGGCAGGUGGAGUCUCUCAGACCCCGGCAUACCUCAGCGGCAAGACCGAGGAGGAGGUCAAGGCCAUCUUCAUUAAACAGAUUGAUGUCUUUGUCCAGAAAAAUGUCGACUUCUUGAUUGCAGAGGUAUGCCGUAAACUUAAACAUUUCCUUCUGGAAAGUGCUGAUAUUGUUGGCAUUAACUGCCACUUUGACCCAGAGACUUGUGUGAAGACUGUGAAACUGAUGAAGGAGGGUGUGGAGAAGGCUGGGCUGAAGGCUCACUACAUGUCCCAGCCACUGGCCUUUCAUACUCCGGACUGCGGCUGCCAGGGAUUCAUCGACCUGCCGGAAUUCCCGUUUGGUCUGGAGCCAAGGAUCCUGACCAGAAUGGACAUGCAUAAAUAUGCCCGGGAAGCAUAUAAUGCUGGGAUUCGCUACAUUGGAGGCUGCUGCGGAUUUGAACCGUAUCACAUCCGUGCCUUGGCUGAGGAGCUGGAAGCGGAGCGAGGUUGUCUUCCUGCUGGAUCUGAGAAGCAUGGCAGCUGGGGUAGUGGCCUGUCAUUGCACACCAAGCCUUGGGUUAGAGCUAGGGCCCGCCGUGACUACUGGGAGAAGCUGAAGCCCGCCUCUGGCCGCCCCUUCUGCCCCUCCAUGUCCACACCUGAUAGCUGGGGAGUCACCAAAGGCCACGCUGACCUGAUGCAGCAAAAGGAGGCUACCUCCAAGGAGCAGCUGGAGGCUCUGUUUGACAAGGCCAGCCAAGGCCACUGAGCUCCUGUCUGAGGCCUUUGACAAGGAGAAGCAAAGGGGUGGCGUGAGAAGGCAUACUCACACAUUCCCCAAAGUUUAUGUACCAAAAAAGAUCGAAAUGCUGAAGUUCUUUCUUUUUUAGGACCAUUUUUACUAUGUGAAAGACUGGCAUCAUAUGCUUAACCUUUGAAACUGGCUUUCCAGACUGAGCCUUCACAGUGUUAUUAUGACCAUCACAACUGUUUAAAGAAAAAAAGUGAAAUUACUGUAUUACAAAUGUACAGUUGUUUGUGAAAGCACCCAAGUAAUGUCACAAUGAUGUGGGCAGCAAUAAACGACAA